UGUACGUAUUGAUAACGACUGGGAGAUACUAACAGGUCAAGAAUUGGAUCAUGGCGAAACUGACAAACAGAAAAAAUAUACCGCUAGCAGUUACCAACAUAAUUCGAUAACUGCAUGGAUAUGAAAAAUGAACCACGGAACUGAAUUUAGUCUAGGUGCAAUGGCAGCAGUUUGUGCAGCAUGCUUCACCAAUCCUUUAGAAGUAGUGAAAACACGAAUGCAGUUACAAGGCGAACUUAAAGCAAGAGGUCAUUAUACAGUCUUCUAUCGAAAUACUUUCCAUGCAUUAUAUACAGUGGCUAAAUAUGAUGGAAUACGAGGGGUACAGAGUGGUCUUGCCCCAGCAUUAGGGUACCAGAUAUCGAUGAAUGGAACCAGACUUGGUUCUUUUCAAAUUAUGGUUGAUAUGGGGCUUACAGACGGUGUUGACUGCUCCUUCUGUGGAUUUCUUAGAACUCUGCUGGCAGCGGGACUCUCAGGGGCAGUUAGUAAUGCUGUCGGUAGUCCGUUUUUUAUGAUCAAAACUCAUAUCCAAUGUAAAACAGAUUCAAAGAUUGCAGUAGGGUAUCAGCAUACUCAUAAAACAAUGUAUCAGGCAGUCAAAGAAAUUGUUGGACAAGAUGGCGUAAAGGGGCUCUGGAGAGGAGCAAGUGCUGGAACAUUGAGAGGAUUUAUCGGCUCAGCGGCACAACUCGGAGCUUUCACUUCAACAAAGAAAUAUUUGAUUUCUAAAGAGAUAUUUGCUCAGGACAGUAUAAUGAUUUCAAUAUUAGCAAGUAUGGUUGGCGGAAUAAGUUUGGCAUUUUUCAUGACUCCAUUUGAUGUUGUUUGCAUUAGACUGUACAACCAAAGAACAACUGAAUCUGGAAAAGGAAUGUAUUAUAAAGGCAUUUCUGACUGUUUUAGAAAAACCUACAGAAGUGAAGGAAUAGCUGGACUUUACAAAGGCUGGGAACCAGCAUUGAUACGAAUAUGGCCACAUACUGUUUUGUGCUUGGUAUUUUGGGAUUAUUUUCGAGACACGUAUUACAAGUGGAGUAAAUCAAAAGAAUAGAAAACUGUGAAAUUAAUUUUCAAAAGUUAUACCCAUAUUGUUCAUUUUUACAAGUUUGUUCCCAUUAAUUUUACUUUCCAAAUAAAUUUGUUGUAUUCUA